UACGCGUAAAUAGUGAAUAAUUUUUUAAAAAGUUUCUAUUUAAAAAAUUGUAUUAAUAAUUAACAAAUGGCGCCAAACACAGCCUCUGCAGUUAGUGUCACGACGCAGCCAAAAAAUAAAAAAAUUGUAUUUGGCGACGAUGGAGAAGUCUUGGAUGAGACCGCUGUUAAAAAACUAAAUGCCGAAAAAAAGGAAAAAACGAAAAAGUUUAAAAUAGGUGAUUCGGAACUCGAUGUAAAAUUUGACGAUGAAGGGGCACAAGAAUUGCUUGAAGCAGUUGAAGACGAGGAUGAUUACUUUGCCAAACGCGAAAAGCGGCGUCAAAAAAAGAAAGAUGAAAAAGACGAGUUGGACACAAAUAAAAAGUGGUUCAAUGUGUUUCCUGAUUAUCCUUCAUCAGAGGAGGUGCUGGACAUGAAAGAUCAAGAACAAUUGGAAUUACACAACAUAUGCCAGAACGCUUUCGAUGCUGAAAUGCCAACAUUUUUAAAACAUAAUGCCUCAGAUGCGCGUUGGUUGCAAACUGCUCUACGUAAAGGCACAGCCAAAGAUCGAGCCAAUGCCGGUGCCUUAUUAGUCACAAGUAAUCCGUUAGGAAAUUUGGAGGCUCUGGGUAUUUUAAUUGGUUUUACCAAAAUGUCGAAUAAGUCAUCAAACGAAGUGGUCACUAUAUUGGUUGAUUUGUGGAAAAAAGUUUUGCUGCCGCCGCAUCGUAAACUGUUAUCACUACAAAUGCGUGGUGCUGACUGGAAAUUGGUGCGCAAAAAUACAGAAUUAAGCAAAGAGAAACAACAGCGUAUAUAUGCUUACUGGCACUUCGAGAAUGAGUUAAAGGAGCACUAUUUUGAGUUUCUAAAAAAUCUGCAACAGGCAUUACAAACGGGUCAAGAACAUAAUAAAAAUGCAGGCAUUGUAGCGGCAUCGCAAUUGUUAUCUUUCGCACCAGAAAAAGAACAAAUGUUACUAACAUUGCUGAUCAACAAACUGGGUGACCCCACUGCUAAAAUCGCCUCUAAAGCAUUGCAUCAUCUUACAGAAGUUGCCCAUCGACAUCCCAAUAUGUGCGGUGUAAUUGUUGCCGAAUCUGAGAAGCUGCUUUUCCGUAACAACAUUUCUGAUCGUGCUCAACAUUUUGCUCUUUGCUUUCUGGCCAGUAUUGCGCCGGCAGGUCGGCCUGAAGUUUGCUCGAAAUUAGUAAACGUGUGCUUCGCGCUGUUCAAAGUACUUGUAAAGAAGGGCGCUGUAAAUAAUCGUACCAUGCAAGCAAUUUUACGAUGCUUACAAAAGGCCAUCAUAGAGGCAAAACCCGGAGAAGGCUCUACGGAAAUACUCAGCAAGGAUAUGCAAGAUACCAUCUAUCGUCUGGUGCAUUUGGCAGACAUACACGUUGCAGUACAGACGCUGGGUUUACUUUUACAAUUGCUGACUGUGAAAACCGAAAAAUCAGACCGUUUCUACAAUGCACUCUAUAAGAAAAUGAAUGACUUGGAAUUAGUGAAUAUUGGUGUUAAAACCGCCGCACAAUUGCUGCAUAUCAUUCAUCGUGCCAUACAUAUAGACUCAAAUUUGCCUCGUGCACAAGCGUUUAUCAAGCGUUUGCUACAAUGUGCGCUCUAUAUGCCAGCAAACACAGCUGCUGGUUGUCUAAUUGUAGUACAUAAAUUGCUGCGCAGCCGUAAAGAGUUGGCCGGUGGCAUAGGUCAUUUUGGUAAUGACGGAAAAUCUGCCAGUGAUUUGCCAAAAGCUCUUCAAGUUCACGCUACUGAUGCGGAAUUGUCCAAAUUUGAUAGCGACGGUGAGGAAAAGUAUGAGGAUAUCCGCGAUGAAGAAGAAGCUGCAGAAAAAAUUAAAACCGACGAUGCUGAGAAAAAUCCCUCGACGACUUCGUCGUGGCAUCACGCAAAAGUGGCUUCAACGGCUUCUGAGCAAAAAGUACGUGAUAUGGCGCCCAACAAAUAUGAUCCAUAUCACCGGGCGCCUGCUUUUGCCGGCGCAGAGUUUGCAUUACGUGAUGAAUUAUUGCUGUUGCGCGAACAUUACCAUCCCACAAUACAAGUAUUCGCCGAUAAUAUACUGAAUCAAAAGAGAAUUGACUAUUAUGGCGAUCCCCUUCGGGAUUUCGGUUUACCACAUUUUCUGGAACGUUUUGCCUUCAAAAACCCCAAAAAGUUGGAUAACCAAAAGGAUGAGGCACCUGUAAUAUCGCAUAAGCGCUAUGUGGCGUUCGGAACGCGUGGGAAACCAAUAAAAAGUUUGACAAAAUCGAACUGCACUGAAGACGAGAUGUAUAUUUUCAAUUUCCUUGAACAAAAACGCACACAAGCAGCAUCGAAUAAAACCAAAAAGAAGGCUGAUGAUGUUGAGAACGAGGAUGAUGAUGAGCUACUAAAGGAAGGCGAAGUGGGCGAUGAUGAAUUUGAGGAGUAUCUUGGCAGUUACUUUGGCAAGAAAGCCAAAGCGGCAGCAGACGCUGAGGAUGCUGAAGAAGAAGAGCUGGACUUCUUAAAGGAAUUAGGUGGCGAAUUGAAGUCACAGGACAAAAGCAAGAAGAAGAAGAAGGGUGCAAACAAAGAUGACGAUGACGAUGCUGUAGAAGACAUUGAUGCGGAUUGGGGCGAUGAUGAUAUUGAAGAAACUGAUUUCGCCGGUGGCAGUGAUGUAUCUGACGAUGAGGACGGCUCAAUUAAUGAAAAUUAUGACGAAGAUGAAGAUGAUGACGAUGGUUCAAUAUCACUAAACGAUGAAGAUGCGCCAGCUGAUCUUAGUGAUGAAGAAGAAGUUGACAGCAUGCCGGAGGAUAUGAGUGGCACAGAAGAUGACGAUGAUGAUGAUAGCGGUUUUGCUGCUUCGAAGGGCAAAAAAUCGCAAAAGCGUACACUAGCUUUGAAUGAGAAGAGUUUCGCAAAGAAACUUAAACACAGUGAUGAUAUGAGUUCACUGUUCGCGGCUGCCGAUGAUUUCGCUGAACUGUUAGAAGAGACGGGUAAGACAAAAGGACAAGGCACUUCGCAAGCAAUUUUCAAUAAGGAUAAAUCAUCGGCGAAACAAUUGAAAUGGGAGGAGAAACGACACUCCAACUCGAAAUCAUACACAAAGCGUUCGAAGAAAGGUGGCGUGAGUAAAAAAAAUACUAACAAAAAGAGAAAAUAAAUAAAAUUAGACACUUAGUUCAAGUUGUUAAUUUUAUAAGAAAUCAAUAAAACACAAUAGUCAUAAAUUAAAACAAAA